GUAUUUUAUCACAUUCUUAAGAACUACACACUAGAGUCAAGUCAAUUCUUUAAUUGUUUUAAAAAAUAAAAAUUUAUUUUUGUUACUAACGAAAUAUAUACAAGAUGGAACGUUGGGUAGGUUCGGUUGCCAUUGUUACUGGUGCAAGUGCUGGAAUUGGCGAAGCAAUUGCUAUUGAGUUAGUAAAAAAGGGAUUAAAAGUUGUUGGUCUUGCCAGAAGAAUUGAUCGUCUAAAUGAGCUCAAAGAAAAGCUAAAGAAUGAAACCGGUGAAUUUCAUCCAAUUCAAUGUGAUUUAUCAAAAGAAGAAGAUAUUUUAUCUGCCUUUGAGUGGACUAAAAAAAAUUUGGGUGGUGUUGAUUUACUUGUAAAUAAUGCUGGAACUACCAGAGCAGCUACGAUUUCGGAAGGAGCAACAUCCGAUUGGAAACUGUUAUUAGAACUUAACAUAUUAGGAGUACUCAUCACAACUCGUGAAGCAAUUAAAUCCAUGACUGAACGAAAUGUUGCGGGACUUAUAAUACAAUUAAAUAGUAUAGCUGGACACUUUGUUCCAAUUACAUGCUCAUCUGGUGCUUAUCCAGCAACAAAACAUAGUAUAACAGCCUUGACAGAAACAGUUCGAUUGGAAUUAGCUGCCAAAAAAUCACCAAUAAGAGUAUCGAGCAUUAGUCCAGGUGUGGUAGACACAGAAAUAUUUGAAGUUGCUGGGUUCACAAAAGACGAGUAUUUCACUGAGCUUUUUAAAAAGUGUCCACCGCUAAAAUCAAUUGAUAUCGCAAACGCAGUACUUUAUUUAAUGAGUACACCACCUAAUGUCAACGUUACCGAAUUAACUAUUCGACCAACUGGAGAAACGUUUACUUUAUUAUUUCGUGUAACCCACAUUUAUAAAAUGGUUGAACAAUGGAGAGAUUGUGUUGCUAUUGUUACCGGAGCAAGCUCUGGUAUUGGUGCUGAAAUUUCUAUACAACUAGCUAAAAAUGGAUUAAAGGUGGUUGCACUUGCAAGAAGGCUAGAUAAUAUGCUGGAAAUUAAAGGUAGUUUACAUAAUUUUUCCACAAAUUAUUAUCCAAUAAAAUGUGAUGUUACUAAAGAAGAAGAUAUAUUAGCAGCGUUUCAAUGGAUAGAGACAAAUCUUGGAGGUGUUCAUGUAUUAGUGAAUAAUGCUGGAAUAGCCAAAUUUAAAUCCAAUUUAUAUGAUGGGAAAACGAGUGAAUGGAAAGAUAUUCUUGACACAAAUUUGCUGGGAUUGUGUAUUGCAUCACGAGAAGCAAUUAAAUCUAUGAUGAAAAAUAAUAUUGCUGGAUUAAUAAUUCAUAUUAACAGUAUAGUGGGUCAUGGAGUAUCACCAAUCACUGGAUCAUAUAUAAAUAUGUACGGUGCAUCAAAAAAUGCUGUAACAGCUGCUGCUGAAAUUUUACGCCUGGAAUUAGCUUACAAAAAAUCACAAAUUCGAGUUUCGAGCAUUAGUCCUGGUGGCGUUGAAUCUGAAAUUUUGGAAAAAGCAGGUAGUCCAGUCAAGUGUUUUUCAGAACAUUUUACUGGUGCUGUUCCUUUGAAACCUCUUGAUAUUGCAAAUGCAGUGUUGUAUUUGUUAAGUACACCUAAAAAUGUAAAUGUAACGGAAUUAAAAAUUCGACCUACAUGUGAAAAUAUGUAGUGCUGAUACAAUUUACAAUGAAGAAAUAUUAAAAAAUUCCUGCA